ACAUUGUUCAAAAUCGUCAUGGCGAGCUGAAUUAGUGCACAUCUGACAAUCAUGUGGAGAACACUCUUAUUGAGUGCGAGUUUUCUGUCAGCCCAUGGGUUAACCAAGCAUAAACUUUUCGAUUUGAUGCAUGUUGUUAUAGACACUUGGUCACCGGAAAGGAUAAUGUUCGGGAUACAAAGCCUUGAAAUGUGCAAUUUCCAUUGCUUGAGGUCAAACAAUUGCACCUUGUUUACCUUCAAUGCCUCGGCAAAAGAGUGCAAGAUCAACAAGUUCAAUGGAAGCCUCAUGGAGACUAUCCCCAGCCCGGAAUCCGAAUUAGUUCACUUGAUUAAGAGCGAUGCCAAAGAAAUAAUCGGUGUAUUUGGUCAAAAUCCAAACCGUUCCUAUGAAUAUGAUCCAUAUGGUAGCCAAGACGCACCAAUCAGCUACAUUCCCUUUGAACCCCAAGGCCACAAUUCUGAAGCUCAUAUGUUCAAUUAUAAUGGUGGAAUUAUGAAAUGUGGAGGAACGCCAAACUGGAAUACCCAACUCCGAACUUGUUACUUUGCUUAUCCUGGUUCAUGGAAAUGGGUCGAGGUAGCAAAGAUGAACAAGAAAUGUGGUAGAGGUGGCUCUGGUUGGCUCCUUGGAAACCCGUGGAUAGCAGGAGGGAGUGAGGGUACCUCAUCUCACAACAAAACCAUUAUCUUGAAAAAUGGAGCAUGGGAAUUUGGACCGGAUCUUCCCAUCCCUGGAGUCCAUCACUCAUUAGUGGAACUAUCCCCCAGUAAAGUACUGGUUAUAGGAAUGUCAAUCUUUACUGGAUCCAAUCCCAUGGAUUCCAGGAGUGAGACUUAUCUGUACGACGCAAUCACCAAAGAAUGGUCGAUCUUUGCUCACUUGUCUAGUCAUAGACCAUGUAUGUCAGUGGGUAAAGUAGCCUUGAAUGAAGUUAAAUCGAUUGUGGUAGGAGUUGGAGGAGGUGGAAAACCCGGAUUUCCUGUGACCGACGAAGUAAAUAUUUUGGAUCUGCACAAUCGAAUCUGGACGAAGGCGCCAUAUCCAUUUCCGACCCCAAUUAGCUACGGAAAGGUUAUCGUGAUAGACCAAGGCAAGAGACUACUUCAUCUCGGAGGCUCGUCCCUGACUGGUGGACCCAAUCCCAAGGUGUACGAAUAUGUUCACAAUAAACCCUGGAAGAGGCUGCACGAUUUGCCUUCUAAAAUCGUGCGAUUCGGAGUGCUUUCUUACAAAGUUUAUUGAUUCAGGCUUGUUUUUUCGACAACAUAUUAUUGUGACUCAAAUAAAUGAAUUCGGAUUCAACAAAAUCUGAUUCGAGUAAA